AUAAGCAACAUUCCAUCCAAGGUGGACUACCCACCCCCUUCGUUGUUGGUUCCACUCUGGGACAUUCCACAUCCUUGCUUCCCGUCUCGGUGUGUCGAGGUCCAAGCUAUUGCUCGAUAGGAUAGCCAAGUGACCUAACACCAGCGUAGCUGCUAUUUAAUAUGCGGUGCAACGCACCGUAUUUCACAUGUGUAGUGCUAAUAUCUCCCCGAUCCCUUUCCCCCCCCUCAUACCUCGGAGCCGAUUUUGUCAGUCUUCGUCACCAUAGUCCAAGAUGACUGACACCGCAGAUAUCAAGAAGCAGGUUCCGUAUGUGGUAGAACAACUAUCCGACGAGAGCCUUGCUCCUGACGAUGCCGUCCUGCAGGCCCAGGGCCAUCGGCCCGAGCUUGCGCGGUCAUUUUCCUGGCCGCGUCGGAUCGUGUUCACUGACUUGCACAGUAUUGCCAACUCAUGGUUAGGUUAUGGCGCAACGUUCGGAACACCCCUGGCUUAUGGAGGUGGUCCGACCGUUCUCUUCGGAGUGAUGAUUGCGGCGGUAGCGCAGUGGAUUGUGUUGCUAGGGCUGGCCGAGCUGUGCUCUGCAUUGCCCUCUUCAGGGGGUCAAUAUCACUUCACAUAUAUACUAGCCCCACAAAAGUACAAGAAGUUUGCCGCAUACACAGUUGGCAUUACCAAUGUCAUAGCAUGGUGGGUGAGUGCAGCAUCGGGCAUCAUCUAUACAGGGAUUUCGGCGUUUGGGAUAGCAGUGUUCUGGUAUCCCGACUUUCAGCAUGAGAGGUGGCAGAUAUACUUAUGUUAUGUGUUGGUGGUCACCUUGACGUUGGUUCCUGUCUUCGCCGUUCCCCAGAGACGUUAUGACUACCUGACGAAAACCACCUUUACCCUGUCUAUAACCGGCUUGAUCUUGGUCUUGAUAGCUGUGCUCGCCUCAGGACGGGGACAUUAUCACCCCGAAGUCCUCACAACGUUCCAGGGGACCAGUGGAUGGGACACGGCCCCAGCAUGGUUGCUGAGCAUCACCAUGGGACAGUACUGUUAUGCGGCUAUCGGAGCUGUCACACAUAUCGCGGAGGAAAUGCCCCAACCGGGCCGGAGGAUCCCUCUCGUGAUUAACCUUGGAGUCUUAGUUGGCGUCAUGACAGCUGUACCAUGGGUCACUGUGAUGCUUUGCGGCAUUCAGGACAUCGAUGCAGUUCACAAAGCGUUCAUCCCUAGCAUGGAGGUAUACUAUCAAGCGACUGGAAGUAAGGUGGGCGCCACAGCGCUGCAAGCCUUUAUGACAUUCCUGUAUUGGACCUGCGGUCCAAGCCAAUGGAUAACUUCGAGUCGGAUCGCGUGGGCGUUUUCUAGAGAUAACGGGCUUCCAUUCUCCCACUAUUGGAACUUCAUCGACCCGAAGUUCAACAUCCCCGUACGCACCACGUUCCUCUCCGUUUCAUUCUGUCUCCUAUACGGUCUUGUCUAUAUCGCCAGUUCGACAGCAUUCAACUGCAUCGUGAACAUGUCGAUUCUCUUUUUGAACAUUAGUUUCACCGUUCCACAGGCUAUCCUGGCGACAGUAGGACGGGACAAGCUCCCGGCACGGUCAUUCAAUCUGGGUCGAUGGGGAUACGCAGUCAAUAUUUUUUCCACUGUAUGGUUGACUUUCAGCGGGAUACUGUUUUGUUUCCCAACCAAAAUACCCACAACUGCAGGGUCUAUGAACUAUGGGUCAGCUGUCCUGGUGGGAGUGUAUUGCCUCAUAAUGCUACUGUGGAUCGAGCGGAGACAUAAGUUCACCGGGCCAAAGAUCAACUGGGAUGCACUGAACAUGAGCAACAAAUUGGCAUUGUCAUAG